AUGAAAACCGUUUCUGUGUUUCUUUAUGGACAAGGCCAUGUGCUGAUCAAUCUGAUAUUGUACCGGCCGGGGAAUCCAACCGGAAAACAGCAGCAAUUAGGACAAGGGAACGAUCACUACCAAGAUCAGUCACGGGAUACCCGACUACUCGAGAUGAGAAUAUAUCCCAAAGCUAAAGAGCAGCGCGUCAGCGCGCAUGAACCCGAGGUCCGGAAGUCGAGGUUCGCUCUGCUUCGCGCAGCGGCUCGCUCGGGCAUCAUUUUGACCCUGCUCUUUCUUUCUCUUUUCAGUUACCUGUUCGGUUCCUUAUACCAGCUCACGGGACAUACUCACAAUCUCAACGUGGUUCUGGUGGACUAUGAUGGCGGCGUGAUUGGAGAUGCUGUCCGUCAGGCCUACCAGCAGCUGCGCAGCGAUAGCUUUCCCACCAUAAUCAAUCACCCUCCAUCACAGUAUCCACAGCCAGCGGCUCUGCGAUCAACGGUCUGCAAUAUCGAGUACUGGGGUGCCCUCUACAUCUCUGGUGGUGCUUCUGACCGGUUAGCGACUGCCAUCUCAAAUGCGCAAGCUGCCGCGUCCUACAAUCGGAGCGACGUCCUCACCUGGAUCUGGAAUGAGGCCCGAUAUCCGACCGUCAUCGAUACUCUUGCGCAACAGAUCACAUCUCUCUCAGAAGCCGCACGGGUUGCAUAUGUGCAACUCAAUGGUACAGGCGCCGUUCAGUCCCUCGACGCGACAAGCCCGGCUGCCGUGGCUGCGUAUUCGAAUCCUUGGGAGCUCACUUCGAUAAACAUACAGCCGACUACCCAGGGUUCCCGUGUGGUCUAUAACACCCUGGUUGUUGUAUUGAUACUGAUUCAAGAGUUCUUCUUUCUCGCCACCAUCAAUGGUCUUUACGUCCAAUUUGGAAUCUUCAGGCGUAUUAACCCUAAACGCAUGAUCGUUUUUCGCUUCAUUAUCUCGGCUGUGUACACUCUGGCUGGAUCAAUCUGUGCAACCGGGGCCAUUUGGGCUUUUCGUGCUGGCUGGCAGGUGAAUGGAAACCAGUGGGCUCUGACGUGGAUCACUCUAUGGCUUUUUGCACACUUGAACUUCCUCACCCUCGAUGUUUUUGCUGUCUGGCUGCCCCCACCCUAUGUUCCCAUGAGCCUCAUCACAUGGGUUGUGCUCAAUAUAACGUCAAUCCUAGUCCCGUUCGAGCUAUCCCCAGCUUUCUAUAAAUGGGCCUAUGCCUUGCCCGCUCACGCAUGUUUCAAUAUCUUGAUUGACAUCUGGUCCGGUGGCUGUAACCCGCAACUCGGCUACGCGCUACCCGUACUUUUUGCUUAUGAGCUGUCUAGCGGCAUUCUCAGCGGGAUUGGUGUUUAUCGACGGGCUCACUACGCCGUGAUCACGGCCGAACGCGAAGAAAAAUCAUUGCAGGAGAAGAUCACCAAUGCAAUAGCAGAUUCCCAGAGCAGAUCUACCCCUGUUCAAGAGGCGCGCCCCGCUGGCGGCGCAGAACUAGAUCGGGAAGAGACUGUUGAAUCCGGUGCCCAACCGCAGAGGACGAGCAGUGCCGAGAGCAUAUCCGAUCGGGAAGAGCUUGCAGAUAUGGUCUGGCGAGUCACGUCGCAGAUGACGCUGGAACAGUCAAGCUCACAGAGGAGAGGGUCUUUGGGGCCGUCAUUCGCCUUAUGA